AUGGGGGCUGUGUUUUUCAUGCGGGAAAAUAUUGAUAUGCUGUGUUUUUCAUGCGGGAAAAUAGGUCACGUUAAGCAAUUUUGUAAUCUCGGAAGUACUUGUUUUCCAGAUAAGAAUAAUGAGACCGACAAUAAUAGUCAUAUUAAGGAAAAUACGGUUCAGCCAAAUUCUAAUGCUAAUCCAAAUAUAGAAACCAUAAAUAAUAAGGGGGAGGAUUUUGGGGAUAAUCAAGAUUAUGGCCCAUGGACAAUAGUUACGAAUAAACGGAGUAAUUAUCAUAGUAAGCAUAAACUGGAUAAUUCCAGAGGAAGAAACCCAGGAGCAGCCUUUAAUAACGCUAGAAUAAAUGACUAUGGAAAAAAUAAAUCUGUGACUUUUAAUGGCUCGAAAAACUUUUCGGGCAUUGUUCACCAACAUGGGAAAGACAAUCUCUUGGUUCCUUCUGCCCAAUCAAAGAAAUCCACUCAACAUUCAGAAGAGCAACAGCAUCUUAAUAAUAAUGAACAAAAUAUUUUACCCACCUCCCCAAGGAAAGUAGCUGAACAGAGUAAAGAUAUUGAUCAACACGUGGAUCAAUUCUCAAAGCAAAUGGAAGCAUCUCCAUUGGAGGACGACAUUUUAAACCCUUCAACUCCCUCAGCUGCUUCUCUAUUAAAUACAGUUCUGAGUGGGCAAGGAAAUUCCAAUCUCUCUCCUCCUUUUCCAUCUUUUAAUUCGUCUUCUUCUUCCAUUCCUCCCUUUCCUUCUGCUUCUUCACCUUCACCUUCUAGUUACUGUUCUCCCAAUGGAUCCAAACCAAACCCCCAAAUCGACAUGCAUGGAAUUAAAUCAACUACCAAUAACCACCUAUCAGAGACGGCCGACCGAUCAACGGAAGAGGAAAGAUUAUGGUCAAACACCGGUCACUACCCCACCGAGAUUGCCGGACGAUCCGUGGGAAAUGAAUCCACCACGAACUCUCAAUCUUUUUCCAGCUUAUCCAGACACUGCAUGCAAGAUAACCAAGGGUCAGAAAUCAACCUGGGAGGAGCUGAGGAACAGCAUCACAACUCUCAAUUCGCUGAAGUAUCAGGGAGAAUCAUCAACGACCCUCAACCUCAGCAUCUCAGUGGACCCUCACUCUCCAAUUUCGGUGGGACCAAGUGUAACACCCCCAAUUUCCAUACCUGUUUAGGUCUUAUAGCGGAAGCAUAA